AUGACUCAAGUAAACCUGUGCAGCGUCAGCCCCGUUGGCAGUCCCACGUGCCCGAGCGCCAUUGCCUCGCCCUGGACCAAGGACGGUACUUACAUUAUCGAAGCCACGCGCAAGGCCCACGCGUGCUGCAAGUCGUGCGACGCCACGAUCGAAGCGGGUCGCCUGCGCGUGGGCGUUGUCUACCAGCACCGCAAUGGCUUUGUCUGCAUCAACUGGCACCACGUCGAGUGCUAUAAGGCCGUGGGCGAGAUCCCACUGCAGUGUCUCGAGGGCUUUACCGACCUCGACCCCCAGCAACAAGACGUCGUCGAGAGCUACCACCAACUCGCCACGUGCAAGCCGCCCUUUCCGCUACCAAAGACGCGCAGUUGCUCAACCUGA